GUCCAUCUUCUCCUUUUCUCCUCCUCUCUGUGUUGGACUGCAUGCUGAGUUCACGAGCAAAACGUGUCGACCGCAAAGAACUAACUGCUCGCCGACUUCCUCGUGAGCGAGCGCGAGUAAGUGUGCGCGAGGUCAUGUCAGGCAUGACGAGCGGCGUGUGCGUGGAGAGUGACCUCUCCUCGAUGCUCCAGAGAAGCUCCGCCUCUUCGCACCAUCACCCCAAUCACCAUGGUUAUGGCGGACAGGGACAGGUGACCAGCCUGGCUCCGAUGUUGGACUACACCACAGAGAUGGACCGUUACCGCUCCUCCAUCGCCAGCUUCUAUAAGACCAACGUCAACAUGAACAUGAACGUCACAAACUUCCCUCAAUCCGCCAAACUGGCGGCCCGUUUGGCGGCAGCGGCCCCCAUUUUCCCCCCUGCUGCAGCCAGACUAGGUGCCAUGGCGACCACACCCUGGGGUUGCCACGACAACAUGAACAUGAAUGUGAAUAUGAACCACCCGGCGGCGGCCAUGUUCUGGGGCCGCCCUAAAACCGUGGCGACCGCCCCAACGCAUCACCACCACCACCAUCACCCCUCGGCAACGCCAGGGCACAUGACCUCCUCGCACCCCCACGGUACCAGCAUGCAUCAGGGCGGCAGGGGGUCGGGAGGGGGAGGAGGAGGAGGUGGAAGUGGAGGGAGCAGCGAGGGGGGAGGAGUUGAAAAACACGUACACACUGCCGCCUCACUUCCUGCCACACAGGGAACAGCACAUCAUCAUCCCAUGGCGCCAGGCAACGGGAACUUCCUCCCUGGUUAUGCCAGUGGGGCGGACUGUGGCGUCAUGAACAAACAGGCUCACACCCACCCGGACAUGAUGGGCCUAUCAGAGGGCGGGAGCUGUAAUGGGGGAGGGGUCAUGAGUAGCAGCUUCCUGGGGGGGCUGGGAUUACCCCCCGGGGUCAUUGUGAUGGCGAUGGGGUCGGCAGGGGGCGGGAUCUCAGAUGCUGGCAGCGCCUUCCAGAUGACAGGCGGCCAGCGGGCGCUAACGGACUGCCAGCAGCACGCCAACUCCUCCCCCUGCCCCUCCUCCUCCUCGCCCUCGUCGUCUGGGGUGACGGCGGGGGGCGUAGCCUUGUCGUCGUCGUCAUCGUCUGGGGCGGUGGCCAAGAGGAAGAGGAAGCGGUGCGGCGUCUGUGGUCCAUGCAGGCGGCUGAUCAACUGCGGCGUCUGCUCAUCCUGCCGUAACAGGAAGACGGGUCACCAGAUCUGCAAGUUCAGGAAGUGCGAAGAGCUGAAGAAGAAACCGGGGGGAGGAGGGGGGGCGCUGGAGCGGCCGCCCUCCGUCCCAACCGGCGAGGCGUUUCGUUGGUUCUUCUAGCCUUUCCUCGGCCAACAGAGUUGCAGCUAGAGGCCAAACGGGAAGUCGUCAUCAUCCCACAUGGACUACAAAUCAGGCUUGGAUACAAACAUAAAAAAAUAAAUAAAUAAAGGACUACAACAUCUGGAAUUGAACCAGAUGUUUUGCAACAACAGGAUUACAAUUUCAUACUGUGUGGAUGACAGUUUAAGACUACACAUCCCACGUCAACUGGCACAGCUAGGAGGGCAGAGGAAGAGGAAGCAGCUUUGGUCACAGGCAACACGAACCGGCCAAUCAGAGUCUGGUGUGACAAUGACAAAUGCUUUUUGUCUUGAACUUUGUUUUCAGGUAAAUUCAAAACUCGGACCAUUCUUUGUGCUCUAUAUGUGUGGUUCCCGACUGUAAGUGUGAGUCUGUACUGGGGAAAACAAAACAAACAUGAAGUGGACCGCAGCCUCAUGUAGCUCAUGUGGUGUAGAUCUACACCUGCACCAGAUGCCAGAAGGUGACAGUAAACAUGUUAUCUACUUUUAUCUCGUUCAGUAACUGGAUGGGAAACUGUGGCAAAGCUUUGCAACACAACAUCCAACUGUUAAACAGUUUUACGAUGUUUAACAAGCGCUGAACAGAACCAUGGUCAGGUUGGACAUCUGGACCUUCCUGGUAAAUAUCAGAUACCGUUAUAACUAGAGAUGAGUCUAAUGAUCAGGAUCAAUAUUUUAAAGAAGUGUAUUGGAUUAAACAAAGUCAGUCGUAUUUGUUUUUGAAUCAGGAUAAGUCACCUGUUAUUUCAAUGUGUCAAAACUGUCUCCUCCUUCCUCCACCUCCUCCUAGCUGACCACAAACCCCAUCGUAGCCAAACCAGGAAGAUUCAGGCCUCAAGUGGACCACUGCUGUCCAGUUUGACCAAAACCGGACGACAAGUUAACCUCAAAGGAAAGACUUUAACUACAGAGGGAGUACAAACUGACCUCAGCAGGAAGUGAUCCAGGACUGUUAUUAAGGACUACAACUUCACCACAGUAGGACUACAAUUACCACAUCACUGUUAUCUGUCUCUUCUGUCUACCUCCUCCUCAAGAAGGCACCUUGAUUGAUUUUUACUGGGCUGUGUUGAUGCUGGAGCGAUGACCUGAUCUGCUUCUUAACUCUCUCGUGGUCCAGUCUGGUCUUUAGAUGUUUGUAUUCACGGAUCUGCCUGGCGGGGACGUUAAAUGUCUUUUUAUUUGUCUGGAUUUCAAUGGAAAGUUCUCAGGGCGCAGUCAAACUUCCAGUUGGUUUCAUAUGAACUAAAACAGACUGGAAAAACUCACUUUGUCGUAUUUUUGUAUUUGUGUAAAAAAGGUGGCAGUGGAAGGUUUGUAAUAUCCAUCUUCACAAAGUGAACGUGACGCAUUGUCGGUGGAGUUUCACUCUAAAUUGACACCUCCAGUCCCGAACAGUCAGAUCUCUAUCUGUAGUCUGAACCCGGACCCCCCAAAAGAGAGUUCAGAACCAGUUUCUCUGUUCCUGUAUCAAUGCAUGAUUGUACCACACGGUGACCAGCAGGAACCGGGAGAAUCCACCUGCAGUUAAGACACAGCGUGGGAACCUUUGGAUCUUCUGGGAAGCUCCGAGUUCUGAGCUGAACCGUGGGACUAAAAGGAACCGAACUGAAAGAGAUCAGAACAUUCCACACUUAAAACAUUUCCAACACGUCCGUGGGUCUAACUUUGAGAUAACACACCAACAACAUGUCUGGCGAGACUUUUUCAAACACAAGGCGGCGUGCAACUUUGUCGUGUAUUAAUGGCCGAGGUCAUCACACAAAGACAGACCUCGGCGUCUCGUGACUACGACAGACAAUAUUGACAAGACUGAAUGUUGAGUCAUCGGUCAGUCUGAUGAAACACAGCAGACCUGUAGUAUUCCUGUGGGAUGAAUGAGUAACCUCGUGAUGCAGAAACGUCGUGCGCAGGUUGGUGCCGUCGGACUCAAGUCUUAAAUCGAUAUUUAACAUGUCAAAAGAAUCAAACUUAUUUUUCAGAAAUUCAUUUUGUCCCCAGAGGAUGAACCCUCAGGUCAAAGUUUGCAUCUAUCUGAUCUACACUAAAUCAAAAGAUUCACCAGAUUCACUCCUCAAAGCUCGAGAUUACGGAAAUUAAAUUUGAUUCGAAUCCAGCGGCACCAAACACCGGAUGGACUUCUAUGAAAUUUGGGUUCAGAUGUCGAUGAUCCCCAGAGGAUGACUCCUUAUGUCGGUGUCUGAUCUGGAGUCAACAGCAGCGUCCGUUCCCACAGAGUCUCAAAGUUAUGAAGACUUUUCAUGUAGCGCCACCAGCAGGUCAGCAUCUCCGUACACGUGCCUCACUUUACCGAACACAUCCGGUGAGAAGUGAUGGCUGCGUUAUGUGAGCGUCGGUCUGAAACAUGAAUGAAGUCCUGAGGACGCUCUCUACGCGUGGCGUUCGUGGGAAGUGUCCGCGCUCACAGACGUGUUGGAAAGAUUUCUUUUAUUUUGGAGUAUCAUGAGGAAAACGCUCCCCUGCCUCUUCGUGGGAACUAAAACCAAACGCCCCCCCCCCUCCCCGAGGUGGUGUGAGACAGGGUGGAGGAGGAAGGGGGACGUUUGUUUUGUGUCUGUCUGUCCUCCCCCUCAUGUGUUCUGUCUCUGUGACCUCCUUAUGUGCUCAAUUGUAAUAAAGCAUUUCAAAGAUGA